ACAGAAGAAAGACCUGGGACAUUAUUUACAGAAAAUGGAUGUAUUUAUGACAGUAUUUUGGACAGUGUCGGGACUAUUUGUUGCCUACGUUUCACUGGUCGUAGGGAAGAUGCUUUACCGAAUGAGACACCAGAAACUGCCUUAUUUACCAAUUACCAGAUCACAACAGGAUUCGACACUAACCACUCAGAUACCCACUUUAGAUAUCACUCCAUCAUUUGAAUUACCCACCAUCAUUCCCGUUCCAGAAAUAUCCACCCCCCAAAUACCAACAGAACCUAGAUUAAGAUCAAUUGAAGACAUCCCACCUAUUUUUACCCUCCGUACGUACUCCUCCUCAUCAGACACUGAAAGUUUCAAUAUGGAAUCAUCGCCAGAACCAUCUGCACCUCCAAUGGAAGAUCCAACACCCCCCAUAGCCAGACGAACCAGAAGUCACCGUAUAAAGACCCCCUUAACAGAAGAGACUUAUAUGUGAAUCUUAUAUGUGAAUGAAAUUAGUUUUAUUUUUUGAUAAUAUUUGGAUUAUUUUUUUUUUGAUUAAAUUUUUAUUCAAAAAUACUAAAUGCAAGAUUUAAAUUAAAACAAAAUUAAAUAACUUUUGACCAUAGUUUAGUGAAAAGCAUUACAUUUUGGGGGAAACAAAUUUUAAAUUUCAUUCAUCUUUAACUUUUUCAAACCAGUGUGAAAAUAUUAGACUAUAAAUUUGGGGAUAAAUAAAUAAUAUAGGUUUAAAGUAUUUGGUGACUUCAAAACAAUGUAAAUAGAUUUUCAAUUUUUAUAUGCAUGCACAGUGAAAUACUCAGGAUUGUUUUUAAGUUUUGUUGUUGAUUAUACAAUGCC